GGGAGCGGCGGGGCGAUGCGUCCGCCAUCUUGCGAGCGGAGCUGCGGGCGGGCGGACCCCCCUCAGCGAGGCGGCGGCUGAAGAAGCGUCUGAGGAGGAAGGAGGAGGAGGAGGCGGCCUGGCGGGCUCCCGGAGGCGGCGUGGCGUCGUCGUCGUCGUUGUUAUCGGCGGCCCUCUCCCUUUGUCUUCUCCCACCCCCCGCCCCGUCCCGCGGGGUUGAUGUGGCUGCGCUGGGGGAGGAGGAUGAACGGAGGAUAAAUGGUGCCCAAGGCGGACAGCGGCACCUUCCUCCUCCUCUUCCUCCUCGUGCUCAGCAUCACCGAGCCGCUGCGGCCAGAGCUGCGUUGCAUCCCCGGCCAAUUCACUUGCCGCAGCGGUUCCGUCCAGUGCAUCCCCUCCAAGUGGCAGUGCGAUGGGUGGCCCACCUGUGAGGAUGAAAGCGAUGAAGUUGGCUGCCCAAACUAUACAGGGGACCAACGAACCUAUCACGGGAAGGAAAAUGUGGAUUCCAGGCACAAUCGCGGAAGAGGAGCGGACACAACACGGUUCCACACCAUCAACAUGGCACAGCCGGUUCGAUUUAGUAGGAAAUGCCCAUCAGGGUGGCACCACUACGAGGGCACUGCCAGUUGCUACAGGGUGUAUCUAAAUGGAGAGAACUACUGGGACGCUGUACAAACAUGCCAGAAGGUGAAUGCUUCCUUGGCCACCUUUACUACCGACCAGGAGCUGAAGUUUAUUCUGCAGCAAGAAUGGGACUCUGAGGAGAAGACCUUUGGCCGGAAAGAUCAACGCCGGUUUUGGGUUGGAUAUCAGUUUGUCAUCACCAACCGAAACAAUUCUCUUGAAGGCCACUGGGAAGUCGCUUAUAAAGGCUCGUCGGAAGUAUUUCUGCCCCCGAAUCCUACAUUCAGCACAUCUCUCUCUGAAAACGAAAACAUCCUCUGCGCCCAAUUUCAGUGCUCCCACUUCCCAAUUCUCCGGCACCACGGUUUUCACAGCUGGUACGCUGAGAACUGCUACGAAAAGUCGUCCUUUCUUUGCAAGAGAAGUCAGACCUGUGUGGAUAUCAAAGACAACAUUGUCGAUGAAGGCUACAAUUUCACACCUAAAGGGGAUGACCCCUGCUUAAGUUGCACAUGUCACAACGGCGAGCCGGAGAUGUGCGUGGCGGCGUUGUGCGAGCGGCCGCAGGGCUGUCAGCAUUACCUAAAGGAUCCCAAAGAAUGCUGCAAAUUUACCUGUUCGGAUCCUGACGGCAACAGUCUGUUCGAUUCCAUGGCCAGCGGCAUGCGUCUCAUCGUCAGCUGCGUCUCUUCUUUCCUCAUUUUGUCCCUCCUGCUCUUCAUGGUCCACCGGCUGCGACAGAGACGCCGGGAGCGCAUCGAGUCUCUGAUCGGAGCCAACCUGCAUCAUUUUAACCUGGGCCGAAGGAUGCCCGGUUUCGAUUACGGUCCAGAUGGCUUUGGAACGGGACUCACGCCGCUGCACCUUUCUGACGACGGAGAAGGCGGAGCCUUUCACUUCCAUGACCCGCCUCCGCCCUACACCGCGUACAAAUAUCCGGACAUCCAGCAUCCAGAUGACCCUCCUCCGCCUUACGAAGCUUCCAUCAACCCGGACAACAUUCUUUGUUCUCCGCCAGAUGGGGUCCAUUCUCAGACGGGCCCUAACGCUCAGCUGUCCUUAGGAAAUGCCGACACGUCUCCGCCGCUCCCCGACGACUCUCUUCCUCCUUCCGUCGGCCCAUCCCCGAUGGAGCUUGAGAACUCUGCUGACAGCAGCACCCUGCUUGUCCUACCAGACACUCCUUUAAGUGAAAGCACUCUCUCGGAGAGCCUGGCUGGCAACCACCACAGCCACUGUUCUCUAAAUACCAUUGUAUAAAAAAAAAAGAAAAGGAAACACAAUCGAAACAAGUGGAGACCCCCCUCCCCCCUCCAUUAACUGCCAGUCAGCAAUAAAUGUUGGGCAAGCUGUUUGCCCGGCCCGAUGUACGAGGGGGAAUUGCUGAAUUCACGGACUGAAGUGCGGAAAUAAAAAAACUCCCGUGUCUGGCCUUUUUUCAGAUUCUCCUUUUGAGUUUAGACUUUGGCCUGGGCAGUCAUGUCCCAUUCUUACCUUAACUCUCUUCAGAAGAAGAACCAAAUUGCUAAAGACACUUCGUUUGUUUUUUUCUACCGGCAAAUGGAAAAAGAGCAGAAGAUGUCCAGUUUUUAAUUUCUUUUCUUUUCUUUUCUUUUUUUUAAAGCGGAGGAAAAUUACGGAUAGAUUUUUGGGGCGAGGGAGGGAGCGGAUCGUAAAAUCAUGGAGAAGAAAGGCCAGGCGGUGUAGAAACUUCUGGAAUGCCAGGGCGUUAGGGAUCUUCCAGGAACAGGUCCAUGUUGGUUCUCCUGCUUGACCAGUCUUUAUUUAAUCUUCAAGUCUUGAAGACUCGAUGUUGGGUUGUUGGGUAUUUCUGAAUGGCGCCCAGGACCAUCAUGGUUUGAAAUACGAACCCAAGGAGAAAGAGACAGGCAAUGGGUUCCAUAAGGUCUUCAUCUUCACAUGGCUUCCAGUCUUGGUUGCAAAGAAGAACGACACGAGUUGGCCAAACACUUGUUGGCAUCCUGGAAGGAAGUAUUUAAGGUUCAAAUCGAUCCAGUCGCUUCGCCGUAACACAUUUUAAUACUGGACUGGGUCAUUUCAACUCAGUGACUUGUAUAUUGCAUUCCCCUCCUGACUUUUUUCUCUAUUAUAACUUUGGGAUGAGUUUUUUGGGGACUGAGUUGAUUGUGGGAAUAAUAGAAUUUCCAAGUGGGGGAAAAACAAAAUUGUGAUCGGACCAAUCAGUCCACCUUUCAUUUUUCUCUUAUCUCUUGUUCAUUUUGCUUUUUGUUCUCGAUAGUUAAGAUUUUGAGCUUUCUUUAUCCUGGCAGGAUUCAUUCAACGCCUUAUUAACAGGAGACAAGCAAGGAAAAUAAUUUGGGGUUAGGGGAAAAAACAACAACGUACAGAUCGUAAAACAUCGGUGGCCUCACAAACCUUGGUGAAAGCUUUCUCAUUGAUCCUCUUGACAUAUUUGGAGUUUGGAAUUUGGACCUGUUUGGAGAUGAGUGAUCAGUAGUAGUCCAGCUUGAAUCUAGGGGAUCUAUCCCCCCUAGUGCUUCCUCUCACCCUUCCCGCCAAGAGAUCUUGGCGAGAACUUGUAAAACGUUGAGUUGAUUGCAACCAAGCCAAUCUCAAUCCAUCGCUGGCCUCUUGCCUCCUGAGUAAGCAUGCCCACGUUUAGUUAGCGGAAACUUUUACUUCCGGUCCUUCAUUUGUGUGCUCCUGUUGCCUUAUGAAAGGCAGGAGGCCUAGAAGGACAGGAGAAACACAACCCAUGGUUCAGUACUUCAAUGUAACAGGGUGCCUUCUGAUUUCAACCUUUUUUUCCCCCUCAUUCUUCUUCUGCAUUUCUUAUCUACCCCAGAUAAGUAAUAUUGAUGGUAGGUUAGCUUUUGGGCCGUUCUAGGAGAGGGUUCUAGCUCGGCCAAUAACACUCCAGGGUUUCCUUGCAGAAGACUGCAGAUUUAAUCUUUCCACGUGUCCAGGGAUCACUUAUGAAGACUCCAGCCUGAAAGGUGGGUCUCCCACCGGUGUAGACUUCAGAGACCCUGAAGCAGCUCAGCAGAAAGGAAACCCAAGUUGUACUUAACAUCGAUCAGUGAUAACUUGCUUGCAAACAAUCACGAAUCCAUUCGUAGCUCAGUUUACGGUACCACAAUCGCGCUGCUAGGCCGUUGCAUCUAGACAAUGGAUCCUACCGCCCUAGGAAGCUGUGGUAGAUAACAGCUGAGGUAGAACUCCAUGGUUCCGCUUCAGUGACCUCUUAGAUUUUGCCCCACAAAAUUUGGAAGUCUGGUUUCAAAUAAAUAAAUAAAUAAAGGGCCUUCUUGCCAACCUCAAGAGGCACUAAGCAAAAUCUGAGUGACAAAAACGCAACAAUUUUACCCAGAGCGAGCCAGACAGAAAUUUUAAUCUCUCUUUGGAGGAGUUUGGAAAAUGGCCACGAGACACUGGAGGAAAAGCAAUCGUGUGGAUUUUCCCACUCAUUACUUCCUUUCCUUCCUCCUGGCUGUCUCAGCCUGGUAUCCAAGCAGUGUUUUCUCUCUCUCCCUCCUCCCCAAAGUCUGAGGUCAGAAUUGUGGAUCCAGGGCAGGUACUGAAUGUUUCUGAAGUGUGUGGGGGGAAAAAUAAUAAUAAUAAAAAAAAAAUAAAAAGCGGGUUAUGUGCGUUUUUAGCACACUCAUCAGUUUUAUACAUUGUAGGUAUGGACUUCUUUCUUUUGGUUUUAUAUAUGUAAGUGUGAAUGGGCUCGUGUGAUUGAGUGUUUACGACGAAUGUUUUUCAACCUCGGCAACCGGGCGAGGACUUUCGACUCCCAGAAUUCCCCAGCCUGGGGAAUUCUGGGAGUCGAAGUCCUCCCCUCUUAAAAGUCGCCAAGAUGGAGAAACACCGGUUUAUGAUCUGGAGCAAAGUACAGCAGCAACACGGGAUUAUUAUAUAUACCCUGUUUCCCCGAAAAUAAGACCCAACCGGAAAAUAAGUCCUAGCAUGAUUUUUCAGGAUGCUUGUAAUAUAAGCCCUACCCCUAAAAUAAGCCCCUGUUAAGAUUGUCAGCCAGAUGGAUGCAUUUAGUACCGUAUUCCCCCCCCCC